UGUAAUAAGUGGGGUGCGCCAGCAGGCGGUAGCAACAAAUUAUUCACAGUGUUAUUGUCACGGAUCAUAUCAGCCAUUUCCGUGUCCGGUCAGACUGCAUCAUAUUUGGGGCAACUUGUUAACUGUACGACACAGAGAUGGCUGGAAAACGUGCUGCAUUGAAAGCAAUUGACUGGCUGGCCUUCGCUGAGAGGGUUCCCCCUAACCAGAGGGCUAUGUUCAACAGUCUGAAGACCCGGUCUGAUGCCAUCGCUGCCAAGCUGACUUCUUUGCCGGAGAAGCCAGUCACCAUCGACUGGAACUUCUACAAGGCCAACGUGGCUUUACCCGGCAUGGUGGCCGAGUUUGAAUCCAAGUUCUCCACGCUGACCAUCCCUGAGCCCAAAGACACAGCAACAGCUGACAUCAACGUACAGGAGGCCGAGGCGAACAAAUCCGCUGUUGCCUACAUCCAGGCUUCCAAAGAUCGCAUUGCUGCAUACGAGAUAGAGCUGGAGAAGUUCAGGAACAUGGUUCCCUUUGAACAGAUGACCAUCGAAGACCUGAACCAAGUGUUCCCAGAGACCAAGCUGGACAAGGAGAAGUACCCGUACUGGCCCCAUAAACCCAUUGCUGAUUUGUAAAACGUCACCCAGCACAUUCUGAAUAAUAGUAUACAUUUUCUCUAAUGAGAAGAUUUAUAGUGUCCUAUGUAUAAAGUCCUGUUUGAUCGGUGAAGACAGUUGAAAUGAGUCCUCAUUGUCAUUGAACGACUGAAUAAGAUCGUCCAGUCACAUGAGUUUAAAUAAAUAAUUGGAAAAUGAA